CUCUCUGAUGCUGAUGGCUUUGAUAUCUGCAGACCGACUCAAGAACAUUGUGUUCCCAUUCAGAGGUGGAGCACUUUCUCGUAACAUGACACACAUCCUUUGUGCCAUCAUAUGGCUCCUCGGCUUCCUCCUGGCAUUCUUUCCAAUGUUUGGCCUGAGAUACUUCGAAAAUUCAGAAACAUAUCACAACUACUACGGAAAAAGCGUCGUCUGCCUUCCCUUGCAGCUCUCUCCUGACAAAACGGAAGGCUGGGAGUACUCUGUUACUGUGUUUGUUGGCCUCAAUUUCUUCCUCUUCUUAUUCAUUACAGCUGCAUACCUCGCCAUAUUCAUAAGCAGAGUGCGGGUCAAAAACCAAUCAGCCAACACAAGGAGAGAGACAGGUCUUGCUAGAAGAGUGUUCUUCAUCAUCUUCACUGAUUGUUUCUGCUGGAUGCCAAUCAUCGUGUUUGGUCUGAGGUCGGUUUUGGAAAAGAUGUACAAAACCCCAGGAGAUCUGGCUGUGUGGAUUGCCGUGUUUGCCCUGCCCAUCAAUUCAGCGAUAAACCCGAUUCUAUACACGUUAGCAACACCAAAGGCGCAAGAGUAUCUGGGAGGCAAAAUAGCAAAGUUGAGAAAAUUCUUACGCAGCAUUUUUCACUGCAGUGAAGACCAAGGGGCUCAUUCCUCGUUAGUUCUAGUUCUAGAUAUUCUUUACAAUUCUCCGGAACUAGUUAUAGUGAGACUCUAA